UUAUGAUCAUUAGUAAAAGCUUUGCUCAUUCAAUCAAGGAUUUUCGAAAUUAGAAUAUAAUUUUAGGAUGUCUUUCCCUUAUUGGAUUAGUUUCUAGUUGCGUAACCUUUGUCCUAUUAAAAAAUACCUUAUAUCAACUCAUUUUUCUUUCAGAACUCAUUAUAGCAAAUUUUUUGAUGUUAGUUGUCUUUAUCAAUCAAUAUAAAAUUACAAAAGACACUUAAUAUGUUCUUUCUAUGUGCUUUUUAAUUAAUGAAUCAGAAAGAACUAAUGAAAAUUGGAAUCUAAGUUUGGAAAAUAUGAUUAAUCUGAGUAAUUUAUAUUUAAAUUCUAGGGAGUCUUUAAAAUGUAUCCUAUUCCUAAUUGUUUUACACUAGAAUUAAGAUAGCUUUUCACAAUAACUGUUGUGAAUCAAAAGAUAUCUUUUAUUUUAUUUUUUCACUUGGGGUAGUGAUUCAAUUAUUCUUUGAAUAAAGUUUUCAUUCUGAAAUAAAUAUCAUUAUAAUGUCUAUACUAUGUUUUACAACUUUUUGGGAACUCUUCUUUGUCACAUUAGGGAUAAUUAUAGAAAUGCCUAGAAGAAUUAAAUAAUAUUAUAAAAUGAAAGCCUUACAUAGAAGAGUUUCAUAAAUAUAAUUUUAAAUAGUUUAAAGAUAAUCGUAAAUCAUGGAAAAUAAUUAAGAAGCCUUAUUCUUAAAUCUGCUUUAAAACGGAUAACCAGUUUUGUCAAUCUUAGAAAACAAUGAACCUUAACUGAAUUAAAGAUUAGAAGUUUUACCAUAACAUGCUAAUAUAAAUUCCAUAUAAGAACAAAUUUAAUGUUAAAUAUGUUUCGAAGAAUUGGAACCUACUGGAAACAUUUAAUAGCUAUCUUGUCAUCCUACUCAUAUCUUUCAUUUGGAAUGUAUUUCUAAUUGGUUUUAAAAAAAAGUAUUUUUAAUUAUUAAGUAGUUCCAAGAAGAUUUAGUUCCAAGUUGUCCUAUUUGUAGAGCACCAUAAAAUUCAUGAAUUCUACAUACCCUAC